UUUCCAACAUGGCGUCGGGUCUAACGGCAGCGAUGGAAUCAGAGGACCUGACAGCCCAUCCUGGAUUCAGCAAUGACAAAUACUCGAUGUUGAUUGUCAUCGGUGCGCUCUAUAGACCGCAUAUACUGGACUAUAUUGUGGUUGAGAUUGAACGAGGUAUCCGUGCAUGGGAUGUGGACCUGACAGUGUGUAAUUUGGAUGAGCAGCUGAAACUUUUUGUUUCUCAGCAUUCUUCUUAUCAAUCCAAAGACAUAAGAGGUCAGAAGACAUUUAAUUUCAGUUCAGAUGUACUGGACAUUAAAGUUGUAAUAAAUCCAUCUGAAGGGUUUCUCUACUCUGAGGUCCACAGCUUGAUAUCAUCCACACCUCAACACAAAUUGCUGGUGCUCACAGGACAGUCUCUUGAGGACUCCGGUGAUCUGGUUCUGCACACGGGCCAGUUCACUCCAAAUAAUUUCACCCAGAUCUUUUCAGAUGAAGAGAUUCAAGCUCUUUUAAAUUCUGUUAGCAUGCAUGGCAAAGCAAACCUCACCUUAAGCUGCCCUAAAACUGGCAAAUGGAAAAACUUUGUGCUAGGAAAGCACAACAUACAUGACAUUAUUGACAUUAAGGUGAAUCCUCUAAUGGUACUACCCAAAAUGGGGGGCCUUCAGGAGUUCACGGACCACCUUUUUGAGUCCUCAGAGCCACAGUCUCCAUUUGACCUCUUAGAGCCUCCUGGGACAGUAGGAUUUCUCAAGCUUUGCCGUCCGUGUUGUUAUGUCUUUCCAGGCGGGAGAGGCGACUGUGCUUUUUUUGCUGUCAAUGGCUUCAAUGUUUUGGUCAAUGGUGGAGCAGAUCCACGCUCUUGCUUCUGGAAGCUUGUCAGGCAUUUGGACCGUGUUGACUCAGUGUUGCUUACACAUGUUGGAACAGACAACCUGCCGGGAGUUAACAGCCUGUUGGAGAGGAAGGUCGCAGAGCUUCAGGAAAAUAAAACUGACUCACAGGAAAAGGAGCAAUGGGCAAAGAAUGUAAUCUCUCCAGAGCUUGGUGUGGUUUUCCUCAAUGCCCCAAACAGACUUAAAAAACUUCAUGGUGAUCCUAAUGUACUACGAAGCAGUGAUCUAGCAGCACUUAUUUUACAGCAUUUGGAAAAACUAAAGAUCUCACCAGAACCACUUUUACGCAAUUCGAGUGGCUCCAUAGAACCAGUUAUUCUCUUCCAAAAAAUGGCAGUGGGAUGUCUUGAACUUUACAUCCUAAAUCCAGUCAAACGUAGCAAAGAAGUAGAGUCUUUCAUGAAUAACUGGCCAGAUAAUAGUUCCAAAUCCAAGAGUUUAGAUGGUCACCUAACCUCUUUGGUCUCUAUAUGUGCUUUGCUUGUUUGGCAUCCUGCUAACCCAAUGGAGAAAAUCAUCAGAGUCCUCUUCCCUGGCUCUACACCACAAGGGAAGAUAAUGGAUGGUCUGGAGAGACUGAAGCAUCUAGAGUUUCUCAAGCGGCCUGUAGUAUGCUCCAAAGAUUUUGAAACAUCAAAAUCAGAAAAGAAUCCAAAAGGUGCAGACAGUCAGGAUAGUCCCAAAUCUGGUAAAAAUGAAUCCAGACUAAGCAAUGGUGCUUCAAAGGACCGAGCUCUUCGUGGAGAUCUAGAACUAAAAGACAAAACCAAAGGCAUAAAUGGAAAUUAUCCAAAAAGUGAAGAAAAGCUGAAAUCUGUAGAAAGCAAUGUGAAACAUAAACCCUCCAGACUAGUUACAAGAAAGGAGUCCUUGAAGGACAGAAGCAAUGAAAAAACAAACAUAUCAGACUCAAAGAAACAAGAAAAUGGACAAAAAAAAAUGUCAGGUAGCAAGGAUUCUACGAUGAGAAGACCAAAGUUAGAUAGCAAAGCCGAAGAGAUAAAGUCUCUUGGGAAAGAUAUCAAGAAAACCUCCACUGGAUUACUGAACUCAAAUAAGCCCGGCAAUGUAAAAAAUGAAGCAAAAUUGAACAAACAGGCUGAGCACAAAGCUAAAAACUUUAAAUCGAACAAGGAGCAGCAAAAUCAGAAGUUGUCAACAGACUCUGAAGAUGUAAAUCGCUCUAUGUCUUCACCAGAAGAUAUGACAGCAGCAUUUCUGGAAAUGGAUCAAGAGCAUCAUGAAUUACAUGUGAAGAGGCAAACUGUUGACUCUGGGAACCUGAAAAAUGUCUUGACGGGUAGUGUGCAGUCUCAGUGUAGUAGCAUAGUAAACCCUAGCAAGGCUGCAGCAUCUGCAAGACCCUCUGUCAAAAUAAAAAAUGAGCACAGUGUGAAUCUAGACCUCACUCCCACUGAAUAUACUUUGCUCGAUGGGGCUUUGAAAGAUAAUCUUUCAACAAAUGGGCCUGAGGAAGUUUGUGUCAGUCCUGAUGAAAUGACGUUAGAGCUAACAUCUCCUAGAUCAGGACCAAAUAGUGCUGGUCAUACUCCUUAUCACUUGUCACCUGAAGAGACCUGGGCCUCAAAAGAUCAUAGUAGCUUUGGGGUUAAGAUGUGUCUUGGUUCAGAGAGCCAGCAAAUGGCAUUAUCCAAGUUUUCAGAGUCUGGGUGCCCUAAAAGUAACCAAGAGAGCAUCUCAACUUCUUCCAAAGAGAAGCAUUCUAGCUUCCUGUCUCUUAGCUCCUUCAAGGAUAUAAUGCCUGAUAUAUCUCCCACUGUUACCACCACUCACUCAAUGCCUGCGGAAGUAAGUUCACCGCAGUCCACUGAGGUUGAUGAGUCAUUGUCGAUGUCUUUUGAACAAGUGCUGCCAACGGUGAGCGAGUCCACCAACGAAGACGAAACAUCCUAUUCCAAUGGACACCAUGUCAGUUCUGAUUUCAAAGUAGGGAUGUCUUUGUCUUUAAAGAAGCCUCACACUCAGAGGGCACCUCAUGAUGGUCCAGACGGGUGUCCGUCCGGACCUCAGGGUCUAUUGUUUGAUACUACCCAUGAUGUUGACCUAUGCUUGGUCUCUCCAUGUGAGUUUAAACAUUUCAAACCGGUUGGUGAUCAAGAGGAUCCACUCUCACCAGGUUUUAGGAACACCAGCCCGUUGAACCUUUCUGAUGAUAGUGACCACUCCCAAGACGCAGCUAAACCACUUCCACCUUCAUGUUCAGGUAAUAAGGCCAGUCAUCCAGCUCAGGAGACCCCUCUUACUUCUAGCAGUGACUAUUUCCCAAUGGCAACAGACUCAGAUGUACAUCCGUGUGUAGAGGAUUGCCCAUCCAUUUCAGCAGACGGACUUCUGGAUUCUGAUGAAGAAGGUGGUGUCCACCUGCAAACGCAGGACCUAAACGAUGGUUUGAAUUCUUACAGAGGAAAUCACCCUUUGCCAAAGGAUCCCCCACCCGCACCUGUGAAAGACUUACCUCCUCUUCCCCCUCAGCCUGGUGCCUGUAUGCCUGAUCCUGUUAGCGGUGUAAAGUCUGCAACAAAAGGCAGAAAAGCUGCAGGAGUUACACAGAGGUUAGCAUCUUCUAGUGUUUCAACACAAGGCACCAAAACCAGAGCUGGAAGUCAGGGUACUUCCGUUAGUGGCUCGAGAAGCAGCUCAGCAGGAGACAUAAUGGCUAGUCGUAGCACAGGCUCCACUUCUAAAAGAUCCACAACAGGUAGCAAGGUUGGCACUUCAAUAUACUUGGACCUGGCUUACCUUCCAUCAAGCCAUGCAGCUUCCACUAUUGAUGUUGAGUUCUUUUGCCGCUUGCGAUCGUCCUGUUACAUAAUAAGUGGGGAUGACACACUCAAGGAAGGCUUGAUGAGGCCCAUUCUGGACGCAUUAUUAGAGGGAAAAUCUGUAUGGCCUGAGGACGUGCCGGUGACCCUGAUUCCCACGUUUGAAUCACCGAUGAUGCAUGAGUGGUACCGGGAAACCCAAGAAAAACAACGGCAACUGGGAAUUACAGUGCUAGGCAGCAACAGCACUGUGGCUAUGCAGGAGGAGACAUUCCCUGCUUGUAAAGUAGAGUUCUGCUAGAUGGACAGUAAUGGCACAUGCUUUACAUUUACCAUUUGUGUAUCCCAUGUUUAUUUAAAGUCACACAUACACAUUUUUACCACUGUAGAUUUGUAUGUUCUUGGCAGAUGCUUUAUCAAACAAAUAUUGUGUUUGUGAAAGAUUUCUUAGCAGGUGGCUAAGGCCUAAAAUACACAGUAAAAUCACAAGUAUUAAAUCAACACCCAUAGAUGUAUUUACUCUAGGAGUAUAACUGCACUGGUUCAUUAUUAAGAAGAGUAUUUACUAGAUUCCCACUUUGCAAAAAUAGUUGUAAUUAAAUACUGCAAACUUUAAUAUAGCCCAGAGUUCAAAUCAAAUUGCAUUGUCACAUUAUACCUGUGCAUGAAGACCACUAAAAACAGUCAUUCAGACAGACAAACAAAUUAGCAGUGCCAGUGGAGUUUAGAUUAAGGAUGGCACAGUAUUUUUAUUUAAAUUGUGCAUACAGAUCAGAUCACACAACAUGAUUAAAAAGAGAGCUAUUUUUUUACUUUGAGAUUUACUUUGUUUUGGGUUGCUCUUAAAGGAUGGUAUUUAAGCCAUUUCCCAGUCCCUUUGACUGUUUGGGGACCAGUAGCUUCACACUAAGUCACACAAAUAUUGUAUGAAUGCAGUGCAUUAUAAUAGAAUAUCACUACGAAAUCUGUAGAAAUAUGACGGCAUGAAACGAACAUUUUAGUUCAUCCCAUUUGGAAAUGUGAUGAGUGGUAGAAGUGCCAACUGCUUGACACCAAGUAUACAGUAACUUCUAACUGCAGUGCAGAGGCUCUAAUAUCUACCGUAUACCUACUGUGUUUCUGUUAAAUACUGACUGCUGUAGGGCAUACUGGCCUUUAUUAAUUAAUUUUUUAGAUGCAUCUCCUUAAUUCAGCACUGUAAAAAGAAUGUCUGGUAAGUUUGUAGGGUUCAAAAUAAUUUUGAAUCCCUGUAUUGCUACACUCACAUAGAGGAAAGUUUG